AUGGCGCUGUACGACUCGCUGCUCAGUCGGGAUUCCGCAGAACAAGAUGUGCGGCGUCACACGCGUGACAUCAUGCGUGAAAUCGACCUGGAGCCGUCUCCUGCAAGGCUACCGCCACAUGCGCUACCACACGGGCAACGCCACCAACAACAAGAGCAACAGCAGCAGCAACUACAGGGAGAGCACGGUGGAACCCAGAUCACAGAGAGCAACUCCACAGCGGUGCUUGCGGCGUUGGAGACGUUAAAAGACAAGGUGCGACGCCUGGAGCUGGAGAAGCAAGCAGCAGAGACAAGCUAUCGGCGAUUGGAGAAGGAGAGCCGCGCAUUCAAGGAUCGCAUGAAGCGAAGCAUGAACCGGUCGCAGCAGUCUGAACAGGAGCUGUUCUCUGACCUGCAGUCAUCGCUCCACGCCACGGAGACGCGCUCCCAGCGCCUCGAGAAGGAACUCCAGGAUCUGCGCCAGGCAAUAUCGCGCAUGCAAGACCGAGGAGAGGCGCGCGCACGCAAGUACGACGCACAAGCAGAGGCCACGGACACCUCAAGCCACUACUACCCUUGGCGAAACGCCACUGACCUGGGCGCAACUGCCACAACCACAGCGACUACAGCGCUGGGGCCAGCAACAUCGCACGAAGCACGCCAACACCAGCCGCGUGCUGGCCAGGGUGAGCAACAGCCACACCCUCAACGCAGGCAGCAGCAUCCAGACGAGCGCCACCAACCACAACAACAGCAGUAUCAGCAGCAGCAGUACCAUCGCGGGAGCGUGGGAACAACGACAGCAGCGACGGCUGGCGGAUCAACUGCGCCUGCACACAGCAGCGAUGGCGACGACAAUAAUGGCAAUGGUGGUGGCAGCAGCAGCGACCCGUCCAGACACACGGGCCCACCAUCGCACCUGCAGCAGCAGGCCAUGAGCAGCGGGGAGGAGGCGCCGCCACCGCCAUCGUCGUCAUCAGCGCUGGGUGCAUCGGCAGCAGCAACCAAGGGCAGCCCGCCUCUCACGACGGCAAGCAGCCACGUGUCGAGAGGCACAACAGCAACAACGGCAACCACCGCACGCACUGGUCACCACCGUCAGCAACAGCAGCAGCAGCAGCAGCAGCGCCCAUGGCGAGGGGUGUCGACGUACACGCACAGCAGCGACAUUGCUGGCGUCCUGUCCACAGCAGCAACGCGCGGGUCACCACACACGCCCUCAACACGCGAUGGUCAUCCGCCCUCGCUACACGACUCCCCUGCCUCUCCAAGCACCGUGCCCGCCCCAGAUGCACACCGCCGCCACCGCACAUACCAGCACCACGACACGCAGCCGCACCAGCACCACCAACACCACCAGCAGUGGAGUGCGAGUGGUGAGCGUGCCCGCGACCCCUCGGCCAUCUACUCGAUCGAUGCAGAUACAGUCAGCUUCCGUCGCAUCCAGUCGCCCGCGGCGCACGCGUUUGCAGAACACACGCACAGGCACUAUGGACAGCACCACAAGCAGCAGGAGGAGCAGGGCCCAUCGCGGGAGUACGGGAGCGCAUCUGGACGCACGACAGCGGAGACAACCACCUCUGGCAUGAUGUACGUGUCGCACUACGCACUCCCGGAGCAGUUCAACCGGUCACAACAGCAGCACCAUCACCAGCAGAGAACACCCAACACAACCAUGGCGACAACGGGCACCUUUGGCAACAACAGCAGCCACGGUGUUGCGCGCAUGCUCCCUGUGUACCGCCACCUGCAGACGGAUGAGCCGUGGCCCGAUGGCCCGGCUGUUGGCGCCCGCGUUCGUGCUCGUGGUCGCUUCGUUGAUGAGAAGGAUGGUGAUGGUGAUGGUGGCAGCGGUGCUAGGGGUGCGCGCACAUACGAUGCUGGUGAGCGCACACGUGUGACUGCCGGCGCUGAUGCCGUGCUGCUGCUGGAGGUAGACGAGGGGCGUGUGCCGCGAACUUCAAACGGGCAGCAGCGACGCCAAGUGCGGCGAGAGACCAGGGCUGGCGGUGCCCAGCGGUACAGCGAGCACGACGCACGGAUGGCGCCGUCUGUAUUGGAGACGCACGCCAACGAGACAACACGUGCCUCGAGCACACUCACCACACCAGCGCGCGCACGCAAGGACACACACCAGCAACACCACCAGCAACAGCGUGUGGACAUGCAUGAGACCAUGCUGACACACAACCAGAGCGCGCUGUCGCAGCAGUCACUGCGCACACCGUACCACGCCCUGCAAGCAAGUCGCCUCAACGAGACGGCCACGGCUGCGAAAUCGCACGUGCGCAGCGGACGGCGGGCGGUUGGCCGCAAUGCCACGCGCUCCCCACCCCGACUCAUGCCCUUACACUCCAUGGAUGAUGAGAGCAGCGAGGGCGAGGGCGGUUACGGGCGGGCUGGCAAGGAUGAUGGCGGUGUAGUGAAUGCCGCUGCCUUCCACAACAUGUCACGCGAGAGUGACAGCAGCAGCAGUGGCGCAAACUACCCCAGUGUUGUUGGCGAAGCGAGCCACGGUCAGCGCACCUCCAUCAGCUCACACUCGCCACUCAGCCAGCACCAGCAGCAACAGACAAAAGGGGGCGCGACACGACAAGAUUCCCCGCGUACGCUCGUGCAGCGUUGGAUGCUUUCGUCUGAUGUGCCUGACACGCUCUUGCACGACCCAACCACGCCAUCGGCACCGCCCAUGCCGCCGCCCGGGCGCCACACACGCACACGCACACGCACACGUGAUGAUCGUGGUAGCGAAGCUCGCACCGGCCAGCGGGAGCAUGCUGGAGGCGACAUGCUUGGGGAGCGCGAUGAAGGAGGUGACGGUGACAUCACUGGUCGUGGUGGCGGACGCGAUGAUGGUCGGGGCGAUGCUGUGCGCAGGAGGGCAGCAAGGACAAGCACUGGGGGCUCUGGGCGGUGGAAUAGCACAGGCACGGGCAUGCGCUUUGCAGACCUGUCCAUCAGCAACAGCAACGAAGGUGACAAGACGGGGCACACGGCGCACACGCUGACGCCCCUCAACCUCACGCAGACAUCCAUGCUGCCCGGUGCCGGCAACGGCAGCGGCACCCGUGGUGCCCGCGCUCAGGCCAACGCCGACUUGGACGCGGUGAUGGCGCGACUGCAGACACGCGCACACCCGCAAGGAGCAGCGACACGUGCAGGCACAGCAGCACCAGCCGCGGCUACACCGACACAGCCGCCAUCAACCACCGCCACACCACGACCGAGAGCAGCAACAGAAGCAGAAGCAACAGCGGCGGCGGCGACGGUAGCGGCGCGUCAACGGCGGCCUGCUACGGACUCGGGGGAGAGCAGUGGGAGCAUGCAGGCGGAGCUGACGAGCGGUGGUGGGCAGAGGGUGCAAGACAGCAUUGAUCACGACCACGACACCUCGAGCACGACCGGCAUGCACGGCUUCACCACCGUGGACAGCAUCACGCCGCCCCAGCCAGCGGCCCCGGCAGCCCCCGCGACUGUGACGCCGAUGCGGGUGAGUUCGAUUGCGUCGACGCCACGCCGCUACGGCCGCGCCACGCUCAUGCGAGAGACGCUGCAGCAACGCACAGACAGCCGCGGCAUUGCUCAUGCCGGGGGCGAGUAUGACGACUAUGAUGACGGUGAUGAUGACGUUGUCACUGGCGGCCGUGGUGGCAGCGAUGAUGGCAGUGGUGACGACGCUGACAAACGUGAUGCGCACCCGUUUCCUCGCGUGCCCGUAUCUCCCAUCCGCUCACAGCAGCAGCAGCAGCAGCAACAACAACAACAACAACAACAACAACGACGACGACAACGACGACAACAACACCACCACCAACAACAACAACUUCAACAGCAGCAGCAGCGGCAGCAGCGGCGGCAACACGUUGGUGAUUUGUCAUCCAUUUCGCACAGGGGCGAGUCUGAUGUUGCGUCACGGUCGGAGGAGCACUCCUCCUCGGUCCUGACAGCGCACGCGCUGUGGCGACACCAGCACGAGCUGUACGGGACAGCAGCGCAUGGCGCCGACAGCGGGGCUGGCGAUGGCGGUGAUGCCGCCGAUAUGGGCGACGAGAAUGGUGGUGAUGGUGGUGUGCUGGAGCAACGAGAACAGCAGCAGCACCAACAGCAGCACCGCCGCCAGCAACGACAAGAAAAAGAGGAGGAGGAGGAGCAGCAGCAGCAGCAGCAGCAGCAGCAGCAACAGCAACAGCCAUCACGGGUGUACGGCCGUGUUCGUAUGGGUGGGGACAAGGAUUCCACAACACCUCAGGGGGUGACUCGUGUCCGUGGGAGCAACGGCCAGAAUGCAAGUCGGGACGUGUUCUUCUCAUCACCGACAUCGCACCUCAGCGAGUGGUCGCAGCGGCCAACUGUUGGCUCCCGGCACUCCCCCAUCCUGUCAUCCCCACGCACGGUCCUAGGAGAGCAGAGCGGCGAAGGCAACGGCAACGGCACCAACGACAACGACGACGAUGACGCAGACGCCAACGGUGUGCACACUGGUGCGCGCGGUGUUGGUGCGGACGAACAGCGAGAGCAAGACCAAGAAGAGUUUCAGCGACAACAACAAAAAGAGGAAGAACAAGAACAAGAAGAUGUGGCACACGCAGAAAGUGUGGACGAUCAGGAAGAAAGGGAUAUGCAUGCGCAGCAACGGCAUGAGAAGGGUGUGUCACGGGCGUCCCAGCAGCGGCAACCGCUCCAAGGUGGCGAUAGUGAUGACGAUGGCAAUGAUGGUGGCCACUCGCAGCACGAUGUGGAAACGCCUGCCAACGUCACCGCCAGCAGCAGCGGUGGCAGUAGCAGUAGCAGCGAGCGGCUGAGCAACGAAGAGAAGCAGCGCAUGCGAGCAAUGGACGACUCCAUGGCGUCUGCUCUCUUUGAGGAUAGUGGUGGCAGCGAAGGCGGUGAUGACGUGCAUGGUGAUGUCGGUGCACUUACCCCGCCGCUCAGCUCUCCACCCCGUGACCGGCAACAGCCCAAGACACCAGCAGCAGCAACUGCAACUGCAACUGCAACCGCAGCUGGGAGGGGGCGUGAUGAUGGCGCCGAUGCUGUCGUGUCGGUGCACAGUCCCAUUACGUCAAGCCCCUCAUCAGCCGCCAGCAGACACCGCCGCGUUUACACAGCGAAGCAGAAGCGUGGCAGCAACAGCAGCAGUGUUGGUGGUGACGGUGAUGAACGUGAAGGGGAUGCCGGUGGUGGGAUUGGUUAUGAUGCUCCAUUUCCUGGUGCCGUUCGCAGGAUGCAGCACCCUCAGGUGCGUUCAGGGGAGCGCGGUGGCGAUAGCAGCGACAGCCACCUCAGCCCUGCCAGCAGCAGAAGUCGUGUCAGCGGCGGUGGUGCUGGUGCUGGUGCUGGUGAUGAUGGUGAGCAUCAUCACCACGGCAUGUCCACACCAAGGCGCGUGCAUGCUGCGCGUACCCGAGCAUCGCGACUGAAACGGCCAUCCUCCCACUCCUCAGGAUCCAACCACUCGCGCCCGUCAAGCGUGCUCACGCCUGUUGUUGACGUGGAGCUGCCACCGUGGUGCAGCCAGCAAGACGAGAGCCGAGCAUCUGACCCGCGCUGGCUCGUGGGCGGCGACGGAGACACCACGCGCGCUUGUGGUGGUGAUGAUGACGACCUGUUGCAUUUGGAUGCGCUACGCGUGUCUGGUGGCGGCGACAAUGUGCGUGGAGUGGCGACACAGACGGGUGCAUCGCUACUUGGGCAACACAAUCGGAAACGCCAACAACAGCAACAACAGCAGCAGCAGCAGGAGCGCGAUGGUGGUCUUGGUGUUGGUGAUAGCUGUCGCCCACCGGCAAUGAAACGCGAUCAUACAAGUGUCAAUGAUGGCGGUGACGACGGUACCGAAAGCAGCCGUGGUGCGCGCACCUCUGAGUCGCUGUUGGAGAUGGAGAGCAGUGACCGCACACACGCGUGGGGAUCAUCUGUCCUAACUCCUCGCACAUCGCUCAUGCGCCCACCGCCGUCAACACCACCUGCAGCAAGCACACGCAAGCGCAACUCGCAGCAACAAAACCAACAACAACAGCAGCAGCAGCAGCAGCAGAGGUCACAUGAGCAGGGCAAGGCAAAGGCCCUGCCCUUUGACAAGUCUGUCGUACAUUCGCGUGCAAGUGAUCUCCACAGUGAGAGCAAUGGCGACGAUGAUGAUGACGGUGGUGUUCAUGAUGACGACGGCACUGCCGGUGGCCACAGGACACGUGACACCGAUCGCGGGUACGAUGGUGUCGUGCACGAGUUUCCCAUGGACGAGGACACGAGUGCAUCUUCCCUUGACAGCGAUGCGAGCGAGGAAGAACUCAGCAACGGCAACCACCAGUACCAACUGCGCCGUGAUAUGCAUCCUCGAUCCAAGCGGAGUGGGCGCGUUGGUGUGCCCAUGGUGAGCGAGAAGGAUGGCAUGCGAGGAAAGGCGCAGAAGCGAGUGCCCAAUCGCAAAGACAGCCCUGGUGUUGCAGGCAGGAAGACGAAGGGAGGCAGUGCACAGCGAAAGGCAAAGCACACAGGCGCACCUGCACGCCGUGGCGUCCACAGUGAUACCAACGAUGGUGAUGAUGAUGAUGAUGAUGAUAACGAUGAUGAUAACGACGACGACGACCACGGUGGCAGUGAUGAUGCGGUCGCGGUACACAGGCGAGCAGUCGGCAAGAAGAAGGCCAGCCAGAAGCAGCGCAAGGUCAAGGGCAAGGGCAAGACUGCGGUGACGAAGCAUCUGCAUGACGGUGGAGACACUGUUGAUUCUGCCAACGAUUCGCACCACGGCGCCGAUGUUCUGCGUCGUCUUCGUGCGAUGGAAAGGGAUGCACGAGCGCUGAUGGUCGGCGCGCCAACGACUGAGAGUGAUGGUGACUUGCAGUCUGAGAUGGCCGGAGUGCUUCGAGAUCUUCGGUCUCGUCCGCACAUCACCACUGCACACAGGAAGCAGGCAGUUGCCAAGCAGCCCAAGAAGAAGAGCAAGCGCAAGCUGCGAAAGAAGGCGGAGCAGGAAGGAAAUGCGCAGCGCGUGUCGCGUUUGCACGAGAAAACGGCGGCGGUACUGGAGCUUCUGGACUCCAAGGUCUAUCAGGCUGAGACACUGCGCCAGUGGCAGGCGUCUGCUUGUCGCUCGAAGAAGGGCAAAGCAAAGGCAACCAGAACAGCAGCGAGUACAAAGGGGCGCAAGGCGUCUGCUGCUGCCACCACCAAACAUGGCAGGAAGCAAGCUGGUGCCAAAGCCAAGCGCCGCAGCAAGCAGAAUGGAAAACCCUCCUCCUUGUCAUCAUCACCAGCGGCUGCGGCGUUCGCAACGUGUGGUCGCGGGUGUCGUGGGCGUGGACGACAGCAAACGAUUCCGCUGGACGCAAACUUGGAUCUUCUGCGACGCGCGCGCCAGGCGCAGCGAACGCUCAAGGCUGCAGAGCUGAGCUGGGACUACGCGUAGCCGCUACUGCAUGUAGUUGUGUGUGUGUGUGUGUGCGUGUGUGUGUGUGUGUGCUUGCCCGUGUGUUUGCGUGCACACCUGUGUCUGCGUGCUUGCCCGUUUAUGUGCUCGUGUUGUGAGUGUGUAGCUCCCUACCUGUUUGGUUGUCGGCUUGUCUGCUUUUGAUGUGUUCAAGAUGAAGUGUUUGGGUUAGGUGCAGGAGCGUGUGGGCGUUGCAAUCUCGCUGGUGGGCGCGACCCGCAGCUUUCAUAUUUACAACUCCAUGUUGGAUGUGACUCGUAACAGUUGUUGCUUCUUGUUGACGAUGCGCUUAUUGUAUUGUACAUACCUCUUGUGCCGCACUGUCGUGGUCGAAAGAGUGUAACACAAGCCAUGGCAACGCAAACCGGCUGACC